CUGCACCCCCGGGCAGGGGCCGGGAGCCCCCGGUCAGGGGGAAGAUGCGGGGCCCCAGGGCUCCUCUAGACCCACUCUCGGCAGCCGCGCCUGGAGACCCCGGUCCUCGCGCCCAAGGGCUGUCGCAGGGUUCGCGCGGCCCCUGCCGCUACCUACCCUAUUAGAGCUCGGGGACCUGCCGCCGUCUUGCCUCCCUCCUCUUCCCAGCUGGGGCUAGGACUCUGGACCGCCCGGAGUGCGGGAAUUAGGGAGGGGGUCAGCGCAAGAGGGGGCGGACAGGGUGAGUCGCCCCCCACCAGGGGACCCUCGGGCUCAGCGACCCCCAUGUAGACAUUAGGAGACCCCCCUUCUCCCCGGAGCCCUCCUCCCACGCGGCUCGUGGGGGCGUCUCGACCCUGCAGGAGGACUCCACCGGCUGAGGGAGGGAAAGCCCCCAAACAGAGGGCAGGGUGUGGCCCCCACCUCAGCCCCCCACGGACUGAGCCCUCCUGCACUGCCCGUGUCGGGGCUGAGGCCACGCUCCUGGCCCAGCGCUCUGGGCUGCCGCCUCCCCAGCCUGAGCAAGUCGCUCCCCAGCAGGCCUGCUCCCCAGUGGUAGGCCAGGUGCUGAGCACAAACUUGGUGGCCUCUGGCACAUUCCAGCCCGGGGAGAUCCUGGAGGGAGAUCCUGACAGGCUCAGCCCCGGGCUGCUCCCUGCCAACAAGUCUGUAAACAAGGCUCCCCAGCACACUCUGGGCAGCUCUGCCUCUCUGAACCUCAGUCUCCUUAUCUGUGAAAUGGGGAAUGAGAGCCCCUCCCUUGCAGCGUUGCCCGGAUGCCUAGUGUGGCUUCCUGCACACCUUCUUCGAUAUCAGAGGGAAGUGACUAGGCUAGGUGUCGGAGAAGGGGCAGUGUUUCAUUCGCAAGCUCAAGGUGAGGAAGGCUUCCAACAAAUGAAUAACCACAAGACUAGCAGCUACUGACAGGCACUGAUCGAGCACUUUCAAGCCCCGUGCUUCCCUUGCCACAUCUGCUCGAAUCCUUUCAACAACCCCCCCAUUGCUGAGUCUGCCCUUAAUCGCCGAAGAUCUUAUUGUUAAUUAACGAAGUCAUUCAGCGAACCUCCUGCACCCAUUUCCGUGGCUUCAGAGGCACAGCAGAGAAUGUGUGACCCCACAUCCCUGCCCCCUGGGCCACCUGCAGGACGCCGGCCCCUGCCCCUCAGCAGACGCCGGAGAGAGAUGAGUAGCAACAAAGAGCAGCGCUCAGCGGUGUUCGUGGUUGUCUUCGCCCUCAUUACCAUCCUCAUCGUCUACAGCUCCAACAGUGCCCAUGAUGUCUUCCGUUACGGCUCCCCGCGGGGCCGCACCCGCAGGCCGGUCGACCUCAAGAAGUGGAGCAUCACUGAUGCGUACGUCCCGAUUCUCGGCAACAAGACACUGCCCUCCCGGUGCCACCAGUGUGUGAUUGUCACCAGCUCUAGCCACCUGCUGGGAACCAAGCUGGGCCCCGAGAUUGAACGAGCCGAGUGCACAAUCCGCAUGAACGACGCGCCCACCACGGGCUACUCAGCCGACGUAGGCAACAAGACCACCUUCCGUGUGGUAGCCCAUUCCAGCGUAUUCCGUGUGCUGCGGAGGCCCCAGGAGUUCGUCAACCGGACCCCUGAAACCGUGUUCAUCUUCUGGGGGCCGCCGAACAAGAUGCAGAAGCCCCAGGGCAGCCUUGUGCGUGUCAUCCAGCGGGCAGGCUUGGUGUUCCCCAACAUGGAGGCCUAUGCCGUCUCUCCCGGCCGCAUGCGCCAGUUUGACGACCUCUUCCGGGGUGAGACGGGCAAGGACAGGGAAAAGUCCCAUUCGUGGUUGAGCACCGGCUGGUUCACCAUGGUGAUUGCAGUAGAGCUGUGUGACCACGUGCACGUCUAUGGCAUGGUCCCCCCCGACUACUGCAGCGGCCCCGCCGCCAGCGCAUGCCCUACCACUACUAUGAGCCCAAGGGGCCAGACGAGUGCGUCACCUACAUCCAGAAUGAGCACAGCCGCAAGGGCAACCACCACCGCUUCAUCACCGAGAAGAGGGUCUUCUCCUCCUGGGCCCAGCUGUAUGGAAUCACCUUCUCCCACCCCUCCUGGACCUAGGCCACCCUGCCCGUGGACCUCUCACGGGGGCACGCCAGAGGCCACUGUCCUCCCAGCCAUUCAACCAAGGGCCAUCUCCUGGCCAAUCAAGGCUGGCCGGAGUGUCUUUGGGCCAAUCUGGGCCUUGUAUCCUCCAGCCAGUGAGGGCCUGGGGUGUCUCUUGACCAAUCAGGGAUUUGAGCUAUGUGGUUAAUCAGGGGUAUUGGAGGUAUUUCUUGUCCAGUCAGGGUCUGAGCAUAGUCAAUCAGGGUAUUUCUGAAGUUAUCUGACGUGUGCUAAGGACGUGUGCUUUCCCACAAGGCCUUGGUUCAGAGCCCCAGGAUGGACCCCCCCAUCACUCCCUGUUGGCUGGGACAAGGGGGUCCUGUCCUGCGGAGCUGGGGGCUCUGUGCUGCUCCCUCACUUCCCAGAGCCAGAAAGAGAGGUUGCAUGGGAGUGGGAGCUGUGUCUGGAGGCCAGGCCAGGGCAUUUGUGGGGUGUUUGGGGUGGGGUGGCUCCUAGAGGUGGGAGCCAGCAUCCGGGUCUUGGCUCUGCCCUGAGUGGCUUUGGACAAAACCCUUGCCCCCUCUCUGGUCGCCCUCCUGCCUGUGUCAGGUUCUCACGUGGAGUCUGAGGCCCCCACCUACUUUCCCCACUGACCUCCUUGGGUCUGUCUUCCCUAAGACUGGACCCCUCCAGCCACCACCCCUUGCUGGGGGGCUCAACUCCCUGGGAGUCUAGAGUCCCUUUCCUCACCUCCUCCUGGAAACUUAGGGUAUUUUUGCGUAAACUCCCACUGGGUUUGCGGUGGGGGGGUGGUGGUAUCUAAUAGGAAAGGGACAAACCUUCAGCUGUUUUCUUAGUCCCUCCACUCAGCUGCCAUUAGUUUGGCUCUUAAAGAGCCAGGCUGCCUUUUCUGCCAUCCAGCAGUGAGGCUUUCCACCUGUUGGAGUAGCCUUUGGGGCUGAGAAAGGUGAAUCCCAGCCAAACUGGGGUUUCACGCAGUCCUUUUGUCUGCAGCUGCUGGAGUCGUCCAAGGGUCUCCCCUCAGCUGGGCCUGGGAAGGCUCUCAGGGGACUAGGAGCCACGUCGCCUGGGUUCUGCCCCCUCACUCUACAUCAGGCACUUUUUUGCUGGACCUCAGUGAGGUGGGCUUGCCCCUGUUCUUCCAGAGCCUGGAAGGGAAGACUGGAGGGCUUCCUGGAGGAGGCUGUGGAGCUGGAGGGGUCAGGUGGAGGAGGAAGAGGCCAGCAGCAAGCCUUUGCACAUUGGGGUGGGGGCUGGGAGCCGGCGACUACCCCACACUUGGUUUUGUAAUGAUUUGUACAGGAAUAAAUGCACCUAAACUCUG